UGUGUGUCCGGCCCAUACAGAGAGCAAAGAGGUAGAAGGUUUAGACAGCUCAGAUAACCAGUGUGCAGAGAGCCCCCUCCCCUUUCCCAAGACAGCUGCUGGAACAAGAGGCCACAACUUCAACACCUUUUGCAGGAAGCACAAAGAAACAACAGAAAAUGGCACGUGUUGGGCGACCGUCGCUUUCCCUGAUGCGCACAGGAUUCCUGUUAGCAGCUGUUUUAUUACCAGAUUUUCUGGGGGCCGUUCCAGUGGAGCAGCACAAGCAGGAGGAAGUGGCCGCUGUGUCUGAUGAUGUGAAAGCCGAGGCAAUGACCAGCCUAAAAAAGCUGGUUCGUGACAGAAGGAACGUCCCCGUCGUGGCUGUGCCCCAGUUCAACCGCGUGCCUGACUUCUGGGGAUGGUACAAAUACUUCAUGGACAGCCACAACCAGGAGGGAGUUGAGGACCUGGAUCGUCUGUAUGUGGCCUACCUGCAGAACAAGCACAGGUCAGAGGAGGGGCCGACUUUUAACCACUACCUCAACCACCUCAGCGAAAUCUACAAGACCUGUGCCGAGUCUGAAGAUCCGGAGUGCAUCGCCGAGUUAACUAGCAAACCAAAGGCGGCCGUGGCGAUGCCUGCCCCCAUCAAGUCUGCUGAUGUCAGGCUAUGCAACCCCUAUACUGACCCCUACUGCAUGUUCCCUGUUACCAGCAAAUCUGCAGCCCCUGAGCCACCUUCAGCUCCAGCCAAAGUGCCAGCGCCUAUCUAUACCCCGGUGCCAAUGAAGAGCCAAACUGGUUUCUACUACUACGCUUCUGUCCUGGAGCCCUUCCUGGGUGCUGAGCAGAGUGCUGAAUUGCUCAGAAUCUGCCAACCUGAAGAUGUAGAGUGUCUGCAGUAUCACCUGAGAGCAGCCUAUGGGUACCGUCCAGCCCAAGGUCCAGCUCCAUCUUAUGCUGCCCUCAAAUGCAACCCAAAGGAUCCCUACUGCAUGGCUUCCCUGGUCCAGAAAUCUCCUACUGGCUUCUACCACUUGAUGCAACCCGCUCCUCUGGCUGCUAAAGAGCAACACUGCAACCCCCUGUUUGAUGCAAGCUGCAACCCCCUGACUGCUACCAGGCUGGCCAGCCUGACCAAGCCUGUGGUGGAGUAUGCCCCCAUAAAUCAGCCUGCACAUCCUGCUGCUCCUCUGUCCUGCGACCCUCGCUACGACCCAUACUGCAUACUGGCAGCUGCUGCCGCUCUGCGCAAGCCGCCUCCACAGCUACCAGAGCACCAGGUACGCUACAAACUUGGUGUCCGUGGCAAGACCAAGGAGGGCUACGACUGCUAUGUGCAUUAUGACAGAGACUGCAUCCCAGUCGAGAGUAGUCGUGAGGCUAAGGCUGACGUCAUGGCUCCAGCCAAGCUCUUCUGCCAUCCAUUUGACCCCAACUGUCACAAGUUUGCUCCACCCUCUGGUGCCAAGGCCAUGAAAUCAAGUGAGGAUGGCAUAAUCCUGCCUGAUCCAGACUGCGAUCCUGAAUACGACUACAACUGCCGCCUGCGUCGUGCUAAGCCCGCCGCCGCAGCCGCCGCUGCAGAUGAGCCGGCCAAGGAGGCUGCUGGUCCACAGCUUGCUGUUCCACGCUUCGAAGAUUUCCUCAGGGGCGUCAUGAACCAGUACAAAUAGAUUUUAAAAUAAAUCAGUCUCAGAACCAACACCUGCCAGGCAAUGCAGCUCACUCUGCAGUCUCUAAUUUUCCUCGACCACAACCUUCGACAGAAACCUGAAGGCCUCACAAAGCUUCAGAUCAAUCAUAAAACAAUGCAGCUUUUAAAUAAUCCAUCUCACUCUCUCAAACAAGGUGAAGGCUUCCUAGUUUUAGUCUGGUCUUAUAAAGUAGGAACAAGAAAAGAGUGCCAUGCCACGUAUAGCAUCGUGUGUUAUGUUUGUAUGUUUGCCGAAAAGGUGUUUGUAUAGAUGUGUGGUAGAGUUAGGUUACUUUGAAUUUAAAUUAGUGGGCAGGAUUUUCUCUCUGUUGUACAUUCCCUUUUACCUGAGAGUAUUUAAAGUUAGUUUCAGUGGUUUUCUGUAACUUUGAUCCUCACGGAGCUUCAUUUGUUUAGAUUUUGUA